GGUCACGUAAGAUGUUUCACGGUCUGUGUAGAGAGAAACAUGAAGCGAGGGAGACAAUUCUACCGUGGCAACAGUCGCAGAAAGAGCACCCACCCAACACGGCAACAGCUACAGGAGAUGCCUUUGGAGGCUGAGGCAGGGUCAGAGGGUAAAGGCGGUAUACCCAGCAUCCUCGAUUUUAGAGUACACAGCCAUCUUGGAUCUGCGAGGAGAAGAGAAAUUAAUGCGGUGACUAACAGCAUGUUUAGUGCUACCAGAAAGAGGUUUGUAGAGGGGGUGGACAGUGACUACCCCGAUGACACUAUGUAUUAUGGCCAGUCAUCCAUGUUCCCACAUCCGUCAGACAAAGACAUGCUGGCAUCUCCAUCCCCAUCGUCGUCAGGUCAAUUGUCGCAGCUUGGUGCCAGUUUAUACGGGCCACAAAGUGCCCUAGGGUUCCCUAUGAGGGGCAUGAGCAACACUGCUCAGUUGAAUCGUAUUCUACCACAGGGCAACCAGCUACCGAGCCACGUUACCCCUGCCACUGGCGUCGCCCCCACAAUGUCCCUCCAUACUCCUCCCUCGCCAAGCAGUAUGUCGGGGUUUGGAAUGAACCGGAAUCCAUCGUUCGGGAUGAACAACUCGUUAUCCAGCAACAUCUUCAACGGAACAGACGGGAGUGAAAACGUGACAGGUCUGGACUUGUCAGACUUCCCAGCGUUAGCAGACCGGAGUCGGAGGGAAGGAGCGAACCCAACUCCUCUCCUCAACCCACUGGCUGGGAGGGCUCCUUAUGUUGGAAUGGUCACCAAACCCUCGAACGAACAGUCUCAGGACUUCUCCAUCCACAACGAGGACUUCCCUGCACUGCCUGGUCCCAACUACAAGGACCCCACGUCCAACACCGACGACAGCAAAACGAAUCUAAACUCUUCAGGUAAGACUUCCAGCAGCACAGACGGGCCCAAGUUCCCCGGGGACAAGAGCUCAACAGCCCACAACAACAACCAGUUGAAGAAAGGCAUACAGGUGUUACCGGACGGUCGCGUGACGAACAUUCCCGGGGGCAUGGUAACAGACCAGUUUGGGAUGAUUGGCUUGUUAACGUUCAUCAGGGCAGCGGAGACGGACCCAGGCAUGGUGCACCUAGCACUGGGCAGUGACCUGACAACACUAGGACUCAACCUCAACUCGCCAGAAAACCUGUACCCCAAGUUUGCAUCUCCCUGGGCGUCAGCACCGUGUCGACCCCAGGACAUCGACUUCCAUGUUCCAUCGGAGUAUUUAACCAACAUUCACAUAAGGGACAAGCUUGCUGCAAUAAAACUGUCUCGGUAUGGAGAGGACCUGCUGUUUUAUCUUUACUACAUGAACGGAGGAGACCUCCUCCAGCUGCUGGCUGCAGUAGAGCUCUUCAACCGGGACUGGCGGUACCACAAGGAGGAGCGUGUGUGGAUCACGCGGGCGCCGGGCAUGGAGCCCACUCUGAAGACCAACGCCUAUGAGAGAGGCACCUACUACUUCUUUGAUUGUCUUAACUGGAGGAAAGUAGCCAAGGAGUUUCAUCUGGAAUACGAGAAGCUAGAGGAGAGACCCCACGUGCCAUCCACCUUCAACUACAACCCAGCUCAGCAAGCCUUCUGAGAGACUUCCUUCCCCUCGUUCUCAGUCCACCAUGGGAUCCUAGACCUGGUUUGAGUUCUGGUCCCUGGCCCUGGGUACUCACAGCAGACAGACAGCGAAUGCCGGUGUGGCUGGCUCAGGCAUCCUGCUUUUUAUUCCUCGACGAUCGACCAUCUGGCAAAUUGACUUUAGGCCAAAUGAAGGGAAACCCGGUGACCAUUUUGGCUCCGAGCAGGUCCUUCUUCCCCGAAAUGAAUGGUGUGUCGCCCAAUGAAACGCUGGUUUCUCUUUUUAAACAUUUUUUUUUCUUUUUCAUCUUUUUCCUGACCUUUUCCCUUUUUUGUUUUGGUUGGUUGUCAUUUUGAAAACAUUCACAACUUUUUGUUUACGCCUCAUUCUUCAGACCUUCCCAUUGGUCACGAAGCACCAUGACAUAAUACACACACACCCUCUCUGACAGAACCAGGUUGAUCUGUCGUUAUCCAACAGAAGUGUUCAGAGAAACACAGUGACAUGCAGAUAAAACCUCAACACGAUGUUACUCCAGCAGAGGGGAAAACCCACCGACAGACUGACAGACAGACAAGAGGCCAGGAGAAAAUGCAAUGUUCGUAUUGUAGAUCUAUUUCGUAAUAAAAGAACACAAAAGAUGUUUGUGUAUUUGUUCAUAUGUGAAGACGAGACCCAGAAUAGUUCAGCUUGGACAUAUCGGUAACUCUCAAACACAUACGUUUUUUAAAACUUCAGUUAAUUCCCUCAUUCGCUCCCUUUCCACCCACCAUUUCUCCGCCCCUUUUCUGCCUACAAGAAUGAUCCACCAAUCAGUGACAGACAACCUCCAGCUGUCCACAUUCACUGAGACUCAUCCUCCUUCCAGGGAUGAACAGGAGAAAGAACUGUCCAAGUCUUUGUUACAAUUUUGUAAUAAAAGUACAUCAUGUUUUUCCAUUUUUUUGGGAGACGGGGGGCUUACAGGUUACACAUGACUAAAGAUAUGUAUGUUCGAUGUGUAUAUAUUAUAUAUAUGACAUCUAUUUUGGAGAAGAUUAAAAAUAAAUAAAAACAAGACUGUCGCCCGGCUGUACCUCGUUUUUAGGAGGUGAGCACGGAGCGGUGCAAUAGUGGACGUACCGUACGACGUGGAUAAAACGGGACUGUUCUGGGGACCGUGCCUGUCAACAAUAACAAUAACCUGGAUUAAAACCGUACUGGAGCCGGUGGAUAGAGGACGACAAUAACUGGUCAGGACAGGGGGCCAUGCCUCACGCCCUGAAACACUUUCAAUUAAACAACGAAGAACAUCAACCACUACAAACAAGGGCCAGAUACAUUCUCAGUGAGCCAAUAAGAACACCCGUACCCAUGUGAUGGUGGUUUUGGAGGGAUGCGAUUGGAGGAAGAUGAGGACUGAAGCCCUUCACUGUUCAACAGCAGCAUUUCAUAGGAAAAGAAAAACACAAUAAAUAAAAAUAAUAUGAAAAAACAGUAUUGUAUUUUCUGAUCCCGUUCUGGAAAAAAGCUUCUCUUUAAUAAAGUAGAAAGGCUUUCUCCUGUA